AUGGAGUAUGUAGUUGAUGUUAAAGACAGGAUUUGGGCGUUGGAAACAAUUCCCGGUCUUGGAGAGGAGUUUGCUCACAAAGUAGAAGGUGAUAGAAUUCCAAGAAUGUUAGGGUGGGAAUUUGAGCAGCCUAUGCGAAAAGGAGAAAAAGUUAACAAGUUUUUGGAAUAUGAAAUUACAAUGAUGAAGGUCAAGGUAAAUCGCACAUUAGUUCCUACAUUGAAAGAAGCUGACGAAGAAUUUUGGCAGGGAAUGACCCCUCUUGAUGAUGUAGAAGAUUCCAGAGUGGAUAACAGCUUGAAUGAAGAAAUAGGAAAGGAGUCUAAGGAAGAUGCACCAUCUGUUUCCAUGCACCAUCAGCCAUGCGAUCGACCAUCCUCUUCUCAUAAUAAUAAUGUAACUCAGUCAAAAAGAGGCAAUGUCCCUGAAGAUUACAAGGGGCAAGAGGAAGAACGUGUGUUUGAGGCUGUAGUAAAAAACUCAGGGAUUGUAGAAGACUGCACUUACGAGGAAAAACAAGUCACGCCAAUAAAAGAAGCUAAUGAGGGCAAGCUCUCAAACCCUUCAACUGCCAUAAUUGUUUACCAACGAAUGCCUCGUAUGUUGAUCACAGAUUCUAAGCACAAUUUGGAUGAGCAGGUUCCUGCUGAGUUUGUGAUGCCAAAUCAACCAGAGCAGCUUGCAGAAAGCUGCACUAAAUGUGAACUGGGAGAAUGUUGUGCUAUUUUUCUUGAGGAUGAUAUAAAUGAUAAAUCACCUAAAGGAAGAGGGCAUAGGAGGAAGAGGAGAGCACUGGAUCCUGCAAAAGUCAGUGAUCUCACAAAGUGGUUGGAAAAAGCUUCACCAAGUGACGAUAUGCCAUUAGCAAUCUGUGACGUUCAGAGGAAUUUUUUUGAUGAUUUGCUUAAUGAGAACGGGUGGCUUAUUGAUGACAAGGCCUACCAUGAAAUGGGGAAUCCUGGCAGGAAAAAUUUGGAGUAUGAAUUUGGCAAAGAGCUGGUUAAUUACGUUAAAGGGGUAAUUCCCAGUCUAGGAAAACCUUGGAGUAUUUGUCGUUAUCUUUAUCUUCCAUAUUGUAUCUCGAGAUCACAUUGGUUUGCAAUCGAGGUCAACCUGCAAGAGCGACAAAUCAACAUCUUGGAUAGCUUACCAAGUAGAGUACAUGAUGCCCAGCUUAGCAAUUACAUGAAGCCCAUACGGGUGGUCAUACCAUGGCUUAUGAAACUACACGUCAAUGAGAACUACAACACAUCAAUGCUCAAGCAUAAAAGGGUCAGACCACUUCCUGAACAAAACAAUGGAUCUGAUUGUGGGGUUUUUACAAUGAAGUUCAUCGAAUUUUCGUUUGCAGGACUAGACCUGAGUCUUGUUCAGGCUGAACAUAUGAUAAUGUAG